AUGAGUAAAAUUCUUUUAGAACUUGACAAUAAAAAAAUGAUAGCUGCAAAAGAAACUGCAAUCAAAUUUCAUACCAAAAGAAUUUCUCUUGCUAAUACUAGACCAGAAAUUCUUAAUAAGCUCUAUAAAUUUUCUUUUUCUCUUCAGAGACUUGUUGCAGAAGAAAUAUAUGCUGUUGCAAAAAGACUAAAAGAAGAAAA